AUGUUGGCAAUAUUCUUCUACAGCGUAGCAUCGCUGCUACUCCCGGUCAUUAUAAUCAACGCCAAGGAUCCCGUCAUGGACUUUUCGCAACUCGUCCCCCCAACCGCCACCACCAUCUCCACAACUUUCCCUCCAGCCCCUGUCCCUGCCGCAGGCGUCGGCCACUCCUCGUCUUCAGUACCCCAGGACUUUGUAUAUGUGGCCUCGCCAUCAUCAUCAAAGUUCGGAUCCUUCCUCGUCCACAUCCUCCCAACAAAGAACGGUCGAUCAAUAGCUUCAUCAUACUCCUUCAUCUCCUUUUCUUCCUUCCGUCGUGCGUGGCGAUCAAGCCCCAGGCGAUCCUCGCCUUCGUCGUACAAAGCUGCAACAAAGAGGAUGGCAGAAAAGGAUAGAUGGGAAGUGGAGGAGAAACCUUACAAGUCGAGAUACUCUCCACGGGCUGCCUCUUCGACCUCUUCGGAAGAGUACGAUGCAUAUGGUUUCCGACAAAACGCCAGCUACAACAGUAAGUAA